GCCGCCCAAGCACCGUCUGGAAAGCAGGAAAAGGUUCAGUGCUUCGGCCGGAAGAAGACUGCCGUGGCUGUGGCUCUCGUGCGCACCGGCAGUGGUCAGGUGCGGUUGAAUGGCUGCCCAUUGCACACGGUGAAGCCUGACAUCUUGCGUGUCAAGGUCUACGAGCCUCUGCUGCUUCUGGGAAAGGAUCGCUGUAGCAAGGUUGACAUCCGCUUGCGGGUGAAAGGAGGCGGCUUCACGGGCCAGAUCUAUGCGCUCCGCCAGGCUGUAGCGAAGGGCAUUGUUGCUUACUACCAGAAGUACAUUGACGAGGCGUCCAAGAAGGAGAUCAAGGACAUUCUCAUGGCAUACGAUCGCUCCUUGAUCGUAGCAGAUCCUCGCCGAUGCGAACCGAAGAAGUUCGGAGGACGUUCUGCACGCGCUCGCUUCCAGAAGUCGUAUCGGUGA